CGGAAGGCCACCCGGGACAGGCGCUACGGGAGCGAUGGCGGCGGCGUGGGCCCAGCGGCUGGCAGGCGUGCGUGGGGUGUUGCUCGACGUAUCCGGAGUGCUCUACGACGGCGGCGAUGGCGGUGGCACCGCUAUUCCCGGCUCCGUCGAGGCCGUGGCCAGGAUCAAGCGGUCGGGCCUGAAGCUUCGGUUCUGCACGAAUGAAUCCCAGAAGUCUCGGGACAAGUUUGUGGGAUUGCUUCAGCGUUUGGGAUUUGACAUCUCAGUGAAUGAAGUCACGGCUCCCGCCCCAGCUGCUUGCCAGACUCUGAAGGAGCGAGGCCUGCGGCCCUAUCUGCUUGUUCAUGAUGAUGUCCGCUCUGAAUUUGAUGGGAUGGACACCACGAAUCCAAACUGCGUCGUCAUCGCGGAUUCAGGGGAUGGCUUUUCUUACCAAAAUGUGAACAAGGCGUUCCGAGUUCUCGUCAACCUGGAAAAUCCGGUGCUUAUAUCCCUGGGAAAAGGGCGCUACUACAAGGAAACCGACGGCCUGAUGCUCGAUGUUGGCCCCUACAUGAAGGCCCUGGAGUAUGCCUGUGAUAUCCAAGCUGAAGUGGUGGGAAAACCAGCCCCCGACUUCUUCCGGGCGGCUUUAAAGGAAAUGGGCGUGGAAGCUCAUGAGGCCAUCAUGAUUGGAGAUGACAUUGUGAGCGACGUCGGAGGGGCCCAGUGCUGCGGGAUGAGGGCGCUGCAGGUGCGCACAGGAAAGUUCAGGCCCUGCGAUGAACAUCACCCUGAGGUGAAGGCGGAUGGCUAUGUGAAUGACCUGGCCGAAGCUGUGGACCUCAUCCUGCAGUAUGCCAACAAAUAACUGGAGGCUGCAGGGCCCUAGAACCUCCCAGGGCUCCCACUUGGCCUCUGGGCCUGGCCCCCCAUUCAGUCUGACAAUCAACCCCUCCCCAGUACAAGCCUAAGCAAGGCCCUUCCUUCUACCAUGGCCCCAGACCCUCAGUGACCCCUGGGCUCACAACCUGACCCCAGGGACACCAGCUCAGGAAAACGAAGGAGACACCACAGGCAAGGUCUGAGUUUUCCCCUCCUCAUAGGGUCUGAAACAACAGGGCUCCUUCUUCCCACCAGGCUCUGUCUGACUGUAGCCAGAUGGGAAAGAGGUGGCGGUUCCCCUGGUGGGUGGGAUCUGCCCCAGCCAAACCUUGGGGCUCUGGAGCCUUCUCUAGGAGCUGAAUCCCUGAUGGAUUCCGAGGGGAGCCUCGGAAAUUAAAUCAUUUCCCCCCAGUGUUUCCUGACCUGAAAUAUUUCUAUUGGCUGUGAUCAGAAAAAAGAACCCCAUGAACCCUGGGAGGACCCCCCCCAUCGGAAGAUGCCCAGUGGCCCCCCACCCUUGCCCCAUCCUGUAACCAUGGCCCCAGGAAGAAUUUCCCUUCAGGGCCCCCGGCUCCUUGGAGUAUCCUGAGGCUAGCCAUAACUUUGGGAUUUCUCAUUGUCCAGGGCCCUAAGCAUGAGUGUCUGGGGGCUGCCCUCUUUGUCCCCCCACCCAGGCUGAGGGGUGACCAGAACUGCUGUCUGCAGGCUUUCCUAGUGUUUCAGAGGCCUCCCUGACAGGGCUGGCCUGGCCUUCAGGAUGCCUGAGAGCAGCCCAGAUGUGGGGAUGCCAGGCCCUGGUCCUACUUAACCUUCGCUAACCAAACCAGCUGCCCUAAUAAUUCCACCUGUGAGUCUCGAUAGCAAACAAGGAUGAAUAAAUAACACUUCGUGCUUCCUUA